AUGCGUGCAGUCGAUGCAGCAGUUCUCCAGUACCAGAACCAGAGACUUCUUCAGCAAAUAGACAAACAGAAGCAUGAUUUGCAAGAUGUUGAAGCAAAAAUUGAGGAACUAAAGGAUAAGCAAGAAUCUAAUGGCAAUGAUGAAAUUGCUAAAUAUGUUGAAGAAGCUCUCCCUUUUCGUCAUACGUCUACUAGGGAGUUGUUAAAACUCAUGGAACAUGCCAUUUAUUCUCAUAGGGAAAAAACAGAGAGCAUAGUCCACACUUUGGAUGGAAAGACAUCUUCUGAAGAUGCUAUCAUCCAGUUACCUAAGAUUGAUGAUAUGAUGGAGAGGGAGGUUAAAAAUCAGCGGGAAGCGAUUGAUAUUCUUCACAUGAAGCAGAAAGAGUAUGCUGAUGUAAUUCGGACUUACCUUAGCGGCCAGUCAACAGAUCAGUCUGAAAUUAGGCGCAUUACAGGUGAGCUGGAUGACAGCAUGACUGAACUAGAGGAGAGUAGGAGGAAACUAGUGAAUCUGAAAAUGCAAAAGGAUGUCGCAUCUGGGAUGCAAAACCUUACUUCUGAUACUAGCAGCUGA